ACCAUAUUUUGGUGUCUGACUUUGUGGUUUCUCUUUUUGCCUUUCUUUUUGAUCAAGGUGACAGGAACAUUUUAUUCAUUUUUACCGGAAAGCAGCAAAGGGCACCAGAGCAAUAGAGGAAGCCAAAAUGAGCCGGAAAAGCAAAAGGAGUUUAAAGGAGAAAUUUGCCUUGAAGAACAGCUUGGUUAAAGAAGCCCUCUCAGAAUUCCUGGGAACUUUUAUACUGAUAAUGCUUGGAUGCGGGUGUGUGGGCCAGGCUGUCCUUAGCCGAGGAGUCCACGGUGGGCCUAUGACGGUAUCGGUUGGAUUCGCAAUGGCAGUCACCGUAGCAGUGUAUGUGUCUGGGGGAGUUUCUGGUGGUCACAUAAACCCAGCCGUUUCAUUAGCCAUGUGCGUGACUGGAAGAUUAAGAUGGACCAAAUUACCAAUUUACAUAUUAGCACAACUCCUGGGAGCAUUCUCUGGAGCAGCGGCUGUCUUUGGGAUUUAUUAUGAUGCCUUUAUGGAAUAUAGCAAUGGAACACUUGAAGUCAUAGGACCUAACGCAACAGCACAUAUCUUUGCAACAUAUCCAGCUCCAUAUCUGUCCCUCAUAAAUGGAUUUGCAGAUCAGGUGAUAUCAACAGCUGUUCUUCUUCUGGCUAUAUUUGCUAUUUUUGACAGCAGAAAUAACAGUGUACCUAAGGGCCUGGAGCCAAUUGCAGUAGGACUUCUUAUAAUUGUUCUUACUUGCUCCUUGGGAAUGAACAGUGGCUGUGCCAUGAACCCAGCCAGGGACCUAGGCCCAAGGCUCUUCACAGCCAUUGCAGGAUGGGGGAUGGAAGUAUUCACGGCUGGAAAUAAUUGGUGGUGGGUCCCUACAGUUGCACCUAUGCUGGGAGGCAUACUUGGAGCAGUGAUCUAUAUUGUUUUUAUUGAAAUUCAUCACUCAGAUACUGAGCAAGGAGAAGAAAAUGACAUGCAUGAUAAAUACGAACUGACCAACAUGGAGUAAGAAGUGAAGCAUUUCCUUUCCCAUUUUGUUAUGCAUUUUUUUAUGCAAAUGAUUGUUUGGACCAUUUUAUAAAACCUUUAUGCCUGAAUCAGAAAUUCACAUUUCAAAGGAGAAAAUCCAUAUAGAAGUCAAGUUCACAGCUGAACUCUUCCCAUGAAACAUCAGGCUGACCACAUUCAAAACUGAGAACUUGGGUCCAGAAUGAGUAAACUGUUCCGUUUCAUAUGGCUUUCAGAUCAAAUUAUCUCCUAGAUGAAACUAGUGAGACUACGUACUGACCUGUUAAUUCCACACAUGAUCUUAAUCAUGUUGCCUAAUUACCUGAAAAUAGAUGAGCUAUUGUUACAAAACUGCAUGCAGAUUAGUCAGUUCAGUACUGAAUUAAUGGGCAAGAGCAUUACUCACUUCUUAUAGCCAUUAUUUAAGAAUGGCUUAUCUGAAAAUUAAAAAUAAUACCUUAACGUCAAUUGAAGUAGUUUUAAAUAACUUACUAAAUUUUUAUGGAGCCACUAAUUGAACAGCAAGGAAUGAACUCAUCAGUUAUGAGGUUUAGUAACUCAGAAUAUGAUCACAAAAGGUAGAAGUUGUGUUAUAAGAUCAACACCAAAGAGACAAAGCUGUAGUUCUGCACAUGUUCUUCAUAGCAGUCAUAUUCAACUAUUUUUAAACCAUUUACUUGACCUUUAUGCUAGCCAAUAUUAAAAACCCAACCUAGAAUAUUAA